AUGCCCAGCUCGUCGUCCACCGCCUCGUCCUAUCUAGGAAACGGCUCCAAGCCUGAAUCGAAAGGCAAGGAGAAGGCCAGCACAAACACGGGCUCAAGCAAGAGCAGCAAAGGCUCGAUCGGUUCAAUCCUCAGCAAGGACCGGUAUGCAUCGUCCCUUAGCAACCACACCGGCCUUGAGAGAUGGAAAAAUGAGUCGGCGAAUGAUGCCGCUUGGAAUCCGUUUGGGGCAUCCUCCGGCAGAUAG